CUCUUUCUCUCUUUCUCUCAGCUCUGAGCUCUGCGGAAUGCAAUGGCGAGACUGUAAUUCAUCAUAAGAUAAAUACCCAAAGAAGAAGAACUCUCUCACCAGAAAGCCCAUUCUCAUAUUUUCUUUCAACAUCCAAGUUCAUUCAGUUCAUUAAUGUCUGAGAAUCACUUGAGCAAGUCACCAUGCAAGCUACAAGGGCGGCCAUGAAAAAGCUCUCUCCCCAAUCACCUAAUUUUCAGUAUUUCACUCUGGAAUCCUCUUCAGCGGUCGCUACUUACACCUACUGCUCUCCAUCUCCCCCCAGUCUCUCCUCCCCCAACGAGAGCCAUUCGGAUCAAACUCAUGGAUCUCCCAUGAACUCUUCAUCCUCAACCUCAGACUCGUUUGAUCUCAGCCUCAAAUUAAAGGAACUCGAAAGUCUGCUCCUUUGGUCUGACUGUAAUAAGCUCCUAAUCCAUAUUCCCAAAGACCUCAAGGAGAUACUCAUCUCCUGUGCAAGAGCUCUUGCAGAAGAUGAUAUUCUGAAUGCAGAAUGGCUCAUCGCCGAAGCAAAACAAAUGGUUUCAGUGUUUGGCGAACCGUUCCAACGGGUUGCAGCCUACAUGCUCGAAGGACUUGUCGCUCGUCUUUCUUCCUCCGGCAGCGCUAUCUACAAAUCCCUGAUCUGCAGAGAACCAGCUAGCUCCGAUCUGCUCUCUUACAUGCAUCUUCUAUACGAGGUCUGUCCCUGCUUCAAGUUCGGUUACUUGUCCGCUAAUGGCGCCAUUGCUGAUGCCGUCAGGAAUGAGGAGAAGGUUCACAUUAUCGACUUCCAGAUGGCGCACGGAGGUCAAUGGGCGACUCUCAUUCAAGCCCUGGCUACGAGACCCGGAGGCCCGCCGCACUUGAGAAUAACCGGGAUCGUCGACUCCACCACCUCCGCCGCCGCCACCGCUGCCGCCGCCGCAGGGCGGCAGUUAUCUCGUUUGGCUGAAUCAUGUAACGUGCCGUUUGAGUUCCGCUCUGCGUCAGCCAUUAUCGGCUGCGAGUUCAAGCUCGAGAAUGUCGAUAUCCGGCGAGGGGAAGCCUUGGCCGUUAACUUCGCCUUCCAGCUCCACCGCAUGCCGGAUGAGAGCGUGAGCACGUGGAAUCACCGCGACAGAUUGUUGCGAUUGGUGAAGAGCCUUGCGCCGAAGGUGGUGACGGUGGUGGAGCAGGAAUCAAACACGAACACCUCCGCUUUCUUCCCGCGAUUCAUGGAGGCUCUCGAUUACUACACGGCGAUCUUUGAAUCGAUCGACGCGACGCUCUCGAGGACGAGCAAGGAAAGGAUUGCGGUGGAGCAGCACUGUCUGGCGAGGGAUAUCGUGAACGUAAUCGCCUGCGAGGGGGCCGAGAGAGUUGAGCGGCAUGAGGUGCACGGAAAAUGGAGGGCGAGGUUUAGAAUGGCGGGGUUCGUGCCCUAUCCGUUGAGCUCGCUGGUGAUUGCGGCCAUUAGGGCGUUGUUGGAGAAUUAUUGUGGGAAGUAUGGGGUUGAGGAGAGGGAUGAGGCUCUGUAUCUUGGGUGGAUGGAGAGGGCUUUGGUUGUAUCUUCUGCGUGGAGAUGAAGGUUGAGAGAAAUUAGGGUUUGGUUAGAACAGGACUUGCACUCUAGUGUUCGAGCCCUUGUCUGAUUGCUUCGCAUGAUUAUAUGGGUAACAUAAAAUUUUAAUAUUACAUUA